AUGCCGCAUCUGGAAGUCAAGGUGGGACCCGACCGCUUCCAUAUGGAGCCGUGCCGGCUCAAUGACACAAAGCACCCCCACGAAAUCAAUACAGAGCACUUUGUGGGGCGUGUGUUGGUGCGGAUCCUCGAUGCGCCUGGCGCCAAGCCGGGGGACCCGGCACGGGAAUAUUUCACGGACCGCUCGCGGCGUUUCUGCAUCCAGAUUGAAGGUCGAUUCAAAAAGCCGUGGUCGGGCGAUGAUAUCCUAUUUGGAUCAGACUUUGACAAGUUUGUGCCGUUUCCACGUGCGCCUUUCAACGCAGGCAUGCGUGUCGCUCGCAUGAUCGACCCGUGCACCUUUUACGAGGAGCACCCGCCGUCGGGCCGGCCGUAUAUCAUGUCGCCGUAUGCGGCGUGCAUGAACGUCUUUUGUGCGUGGCCUUCGCCGGACCGGCUGGAGGACGCCGUCGUGGUCGAGCACGAGCAUGGAGAGCAGCCGUCGCUGGCCAUUGAGCACCAGAACGAGGGCGACGACUGUGUGCCGCUCGAGCGCGUAAGCCACCGGCCCGAUUCUGCGACCCCCGACCACGAUAAGAAGCGCGGGUGGAUGGCGUCGCUGCGCUCGUCGAAGGAGACCCGUGAGAUGGCCAACUACUGGCGCUUCAUUGGCUUCCGCGACGACCCGCGCGUGAAGGCGUACGUCGAGCAGCAAAGGGCGCUGCCUAGCGCGCCGGCGCCAUCGCCUUCGCUCGUGGCACCGAAAGCCGUGCGGGCUGCGGGCAUGCGGCAGGGUAUUGACACGCGCCUCAUGACGAGUCUGGGAUCGAGCCGGAAGCACGAUCUCGUGCUCACCAAGCAGCACCACGACCGUGCCGACACGCCCAAGCUGCCGGUGUUUCUCUCGUCAAACCUGCACAACGACGCCGGCGAGCAAUACACGAUGGGCACGCCCGGGCUGACCCGGACGCCCGACAGCAUCGCGUCAGGCCGAGACUCUGCGCUGUCCCAGUCGCUGAUGCGCAUGAGUAUGACGCCGAGUCCGGCCACGUCGCUGCAUGCACACUCGACGCUGGACGACUGGCUGGGCCCGUGGCGCUUUGCCGACCCGAGUGCGGACAUGGUCGAGGACAAUGCCUUCAUCUUCACGGACCGGAGUGUGUCGGUGCCGAAGCGCCGCAAGCACUUUGCCGACGAGAAGAACCGCAAGGCGUUUGUGUAUGACCCGAACAUUGUGUAUGGCGCCUCGUUCUUCUCGAACCUCUUCGACUUUACCACCUUCGACUUGUCGAUUGGACCGGUGCAUCUGAACGUGCAUCCAUUCUUUACCGAGAUGCCCAUCCGCUACACGCUGCGCUCGAAGACCAACGAAGAGGUGGUCUUUUGUACUAUUUCGUUCCAACUGGUGAACUAG